CGCGGUUAACUAACUCCUGCUCUCCCUCUUUUCUUCUCCCCCCUCGUUCCUCCCCUCCCCAAUUUUAACAACUCCCAAAUCUGAAAACAAAAACCCUAACCCUAAUUCUCACCCCGAAAAACCCCCAAAUCCCAAACCCUAACCCUAGCAAUGGACUCCCAAUCAAACCUCUACGAGACCGCGUCUCAGCCCGACACCACCGCCGGCGAUGCCUACACCUUCAUCGAGUUCAACACCCAAGGCGACGGCGAAGACGACGAAUUUGGCGGGUACCCCGAGUUCCGCGAGCUCUCCCAGGCUCCCCGCUCGUCCGCCUGGCCUCCGCCCGGCAGUCGCCCUCCGCACUCCGACCGACCGCCGUCCGACGUGAGCCCUGCCCCUUCGUCCUCGGGAAAAGCGAGAUCGGCGCCGGACGUCGAUCCGCUGAUGGCGGGCAUUGGGAACUUGAGUUUCGAGGAGACGGGCGAUGAUGAGGGUUUUGAGUACGGGAAAGGGAGCUUUGUUGAGCACGCGUGUAGGUAUUGUGGGAUUCAUAACCCGGCUUGUGUUGCUCGGUGCAACAUUCCUUCGUGCCGAAAGUGGUUCUGUAAUUCGAGGGGGCAUACUUCGGGCUCGCACAUUGUGAAUCAUUUGGUUCGAGCAAAACAUAAGGAAGUAUGCCUUCAUAAAGAUAGCCCACUGGGGGAGACUAUACUUGAGUGCUAUAAUUGCGGUUGCAGGAAUGUCUUUCUUCUCGGAUUUAUCUCCGCGAAAACAGAUAGUGUUGUUGUUCUCUUGUGUAGAGAACCUUGCUUGAAUGUCAAUGCACUGAAAGACAUGAACUGGGAUCUCAGCCAAUGGUGUCCCCUUAUUGAUGAUAGGUGUUUUCUCCCUUGGUUGGUCAAGGUCCCUUCUGAACAGGAGCAGCUUAGAGCAUGCCACAUUAGCGCUCAGCAGAUCAACAAGGUUGAAGAGCUGUGGAAAACAAAUCCGGAUGCAUCUUUGGAGGAUCUUGAGAAGCCAGGAGUGGAUGAUGAACCCCAGCCUGUAUCCUUGAAGUAUGAAGAUGCUUAUCAGUAUCAAAAUGUGUUUGCACCCCUCAUUAAACUUGAAGCUGAUUAUGAUAAGGCGAUGAAGGAGUCACAGACCAAGGAAAAUGUGACGAUACGAUGGGAUAUAGGGCUUAACAAGAAACGAGUAGCCUAUUUUGUGUUUCCCAAGGAGGAUAAUGAACUAAGGCUUGUUCCAGGAGAUGAGUUGCGUCUGAGAUAUUCAGGGGAUGCAUCUCAUCCCGCAUGGCAGUCUGUGGGGCAUGUGAUCAAGCUAACUGCUCAGGAGGAAGUAGCACUGGAACUCCGUGCAAGUCAGGGAGUCCCUGUAGAUUUGACCCAUGGUUUCCAGGUGGACUUUGUUUGGAAGAGUACUAGCUUUGAUCGAAUGCAAGGUGCAAUGAAAACUUUUGCUGUGGAUGAAACAAGUGUCAGCGGAUACAUAUACCAUCACCUCUUGGGACAUGAAGUGGAACUUCAAGUUGUACGCAAUACACUACCUCGUCGUUUCGGUGCUCCAGGUCUUCCUGAACUAAAUGUAUCUCAGGUUUUUGCUGUUAAGACUGUCCUUCAGAAACCAAUUAGUUUGAUACAAGGGCCUCCUGGCACUGGGAAAACAGUUACAUCUGCAGCAAUCGUAUACCACAUGGCUAAACAAGGACAAGGACAGGUCUUGGUAUGUGCUCCGAGCAAUGUGGCUGUGGACCAACUGGCUGAAAAGAUAAGCUCAACUGGGUUAAAGGUUGUUAGGCUUUGUGCCAAAUCAAGAGAGGCUGUCAGUUCUCCUGUGGAGCAUUUAACACUUCACUAUCAGGUUCGACAUCUAGAUACAUCUGAGAAAAGUGAACUUCACAAACUCCAGCAAUUAAAAGAUGAACAGGGUGAAUUGUCAAGCAAUGAUGAAAAGAAGUUUAAGGCAUUGAAAAGGGCCACUGAAAGAGAGAUAUUACAGAAUGCUGAUGUCAUUUGUUGCACCUGUGUUGGUGCGGGCGAUCCUCGACUAUCAAAUUUCCGAUUCCGCCAGGUUCUUAUUGAUGAGUCUACUCAGGCAACAGAACCUGAAUGUCUUAUUCCAUUAGUUCUUGGUGCGAAACAGGUUGUCCUUGUUGGAGACCAUUGCCAGCUUGGCCCAGUCAUUAUGUGUAAGAAAGCAGCUCGUGCUGGAUUAGCUCAAUCUCUUUUUGAGCGCCUUGUUCUUCUUGGACUGAAACCCAUAAGACUUCAGGUCCAGUAUCGCAUGCAUCCUUCCCUAUCUGAAUUUCCUUCAAAUAACUUCUAUGAAGGUACCCUUCAGAAUGGGGUGACCGUAAAUGAAAGACAAACAUCUGGCAUUGAUUUUCCUUGGCCAGUUCCUACACGUCCUAUGUUCUUCUAUGUCCAGAUGGGGCAAGAGGAGAUUAGUGCAAGUGGAACAUCAUAUUUGAAUAGAACUGAGGCUUCAAACGUUGAAAAGAUUGUAACGACAUUUUUGAGGAGUGGUGUCAUACCUAGUCAGAUAGGAGUCAUAACACCAUAUGAAGGACAGAGAGCAUAUAUUGUAAAUUAUAUGUCGAGGAAUGGCUCUCUGAGACAACAGCUGUAUAAGGAAAUUGAGGUUGCCAGUGUUGACUCUUUCCAAGGAAGAGAGAAAGAUUACAUCAUCUUGUCUUGUGUGCGGAGCAAUGAGCAUCAGGGUAUUGGAUUUCUUAAUGAUCCACGUAGGUUAAACGUGGCCUUGACUAGAGCUCGUUACGGCAUUGUUAUCUUGGGGAAUCCUAAAGUCUUAAGCAAGCAGCCACUAUGGAAUGGCUUACUAACACAUUAUAAGGAACAUGAAUGCCUCGUUGAAGGGCCUUUGAACAAUUUGAAGCAAAGUAUGGUACAGUUUCAAAAGCCAAAAAAGGUUUACAAUGAUCGUAGGUUUCUAUAUGGAGCAGCUCCUGGUGACAACUUUGGGCCUGUCAACUCAUCAAGUUCGAAUCCCGAUAAGGGAGGAAGCCGCAAUAGAGGUCAUGCAUAUAUGUCAUUUGCUCCCCCAAAUGGCACCCAUAAGCCUGGAGUGCACCCAUCAGGAUAUCCUCUAUCAAGAAUCCCUCUCCCUCCUUUCCCUGGAGGCCCUCAUUCUCAGCCGUAUGCAAUUCCGACUCGUGGAGCUCUUCAUGGACCUAUUGGAGCCAUUCCGCAGGCCCCUCAUCCAGGAAAUAGAGGUUUUGGGGCUGGGAGUGGUAAUGCUGGUGGCCCUAUUGGUGGUCACCUUACUCAUCAGCAAAGUUCUCAACAAGCUGCGGGUAACCAUGGCUCUGCAUUUAAUUUCCCUGCUUUGGACAACGCUAAUAGUCAGCCUUCUGUUGGAGGUCCCCUAUCCCAAACUGGAUUUAUGACACAGAUGCCAAUUCAUGGGCUUAGCCAAACAUUUCCAGAAGGAUUUCCUAUUGAUAGUAUGUCUCAGGAAUUCCUUGGCGAUGACUUCAAAAGCCAGGGAUCACAUGUUGCAUAUAAUGUUGCUGAUUUUUCUACUCAGGCGUCACAAAGUGGAUAUGGUGUUGAUUACCCGGGACCUCAUACAGGGUUUACCGGAAGCUUCCUAAACCAGAAUUCACAACCAGGAUAUUCCCAUUUAGGCAGUGGAAAUGAUUUCAUGUCACAGGAUUACAUGUCUCAUGGAUCGCAAGGUUUAUUUACACAAGCAGGGUUUAAUGGUCCAUCACAAGAUGAAUCUUCACAGAGCCAUUUUGGUGUGUCGGGACCUCCUCUUCAGUCGCAGGGCCACAUGAACCCUCUUUACUCUCAGCCCUUCCCUCAAUACAACUCUCAACCUAUCAAUAUUCAGCCUCCACAGCAGCAGAACCAGAGCUCUUCAAAGCAGAAAGUUCGCUAUAAUGGAUGAAAUAUACUAAGUAAGUUAUUUCGAUUGCAUUGGGCCAUAUUUUUGCAACGCUCGGUAUGGUUCUGGAAAUGUCCAGAGGAGGAGGAGGAUUUCGGUGUUGGCCUCCCCCAUGAUCCUAUGGUAUCAUAUUCAAGGAAUUGAAUGGGGACAGGCUUGUAAAGCUAAAGCUGAGGAAAGGAUUAUACUAUACCAGUCUCAAAACAGAUAUCACCAUUGUCAUCGAAAGGUUUCAGGUAUUUGAGGAUCGCUGCAAGAACUGUAAGGGCUCUGAAUUCUUUCUGAUCCUGUAUAGAGAAACGUUAUAGGCUGAGCAGGAGAUGGUCAGUCAUUUUGUGCACAUAUAGGAGUAGUUUGUGUGGUAUACAGUCAAGAGGAGCUGCCAUAUACUUACAUAAUCUAAUAUCAUUAUUCAGCACAUAGCAAAGGUUGGUUGAUCGGUCGAGAUAGAUUUUUUGGGGGGUGUGUUUCAUAGCAAGCGGAAUUCGUUAUAUGUGGUGUUAUCCUCUUUCUACUUUUGAAUUCUAAAAAGAGUAACGGCAGUUUGUCUA